GAUUUAAAAACGCGGCAACAACACAUGCAAACAAACAAACAAACCAACAGCGAAACUGGGUAGCCAAUUUUCUUUAUUAUUCAGCAAAAAUUUCAUCACAUUUGAAAUAAAAUGAACGAUACAUACCAAGGAGAUUUUAAUGCAACACAAACAACUGAGGGAGCUUCGGCUGAAAAAAAAGCUGAGGGUAUUGUUCCGGUAUUAAUAAAGCAAGUCCUAAAUUCUCCAGAAGGAAACUUUCAGAUGUUCGAUAUGACAUUUAGCAUGGUGUAUGUAAAGGCGAUUGUGCGUAAUAUUGAAACAUCAUCAACAAAGAUAACUUAUUUGUUGGAGGAUAGUACUGGACGGAUUGAUGCUCACUAUUGGUUGGAGGAAGGGGACACUUUGAAGGCGCCCGAUGUUAUGGUAAACAAAUAUGCCACUGUUUAUGGAAGUGUAAGAUCGCAGGGCGGACAAAAGACAUUAAUGGUUUUUAAAAUGCUGCCGGUUAAUGACCCUAACGAAGUAGUCACCCAUGUACUGGAAGUUUUAAAUGCUAGAUACAAAGCUGAAGAAUAUGCAACUAAGGGAUAUGGCGAUUUCGGUGGUUCUAAAUCUUCAACCGGAGGUAGUGAUUUAGGCUUAGAAGGAAAACAAUUGGCCGUUUUUCAGGCUAUCAAAAAUCACAACUCUACCGAUGGUAUUAGUCGUUCGGAAUUAAAACGAAAAUUCACACAUAUGACGGAUAAUGAAUUGAAUCCUAUACUAGACUUCAUGAUUGGAGAAGGUCACAUAUAUUCGAGCAUAGAUGCAGACCAUUUUCUCAGCACAGAGUAGCUCUACUGUAUUUAUAAAAUUGUUUAAUAUUAAGAUAUUUUUAUUUACCAUAUUCAAUAUAUCUUUGAGAGAAAUAUAAA